AUGGCGGAAGGGCUGUGUUCCGCAGCCAUGCAUCUGAUCGUGCGCGCCGCCCGUAACAGCCGAAUCAAUCCAACUACCACGAGUCCCCCAGCUGUUGCCGCUGCUCUUUCCACCUCAGGCACCACCUCGUUGGCAAUUCCCGCCCGAAUUUUCCGUCGCUGCUUCUCUCUACCGGACCCGGCGACUUCCCCGUGCUCUGCCGUCUUCCACUCCUCAUCUGCCUGCCUUGCGUCAGCGUUACCGGCAUCGUCAUCGUUAUCCUCUGCAGCAGGAUCGUCUCUCGGUGCUGCCGCCCGUGGAUUUUUCCCGUCGUUCCAGACCCUCGCUGCUGCAAAUUCCCCUCUCGCCGCGACUGCCGCAACAGCAGCGGCGGCGGCAACGGCAGCGCGCUGCGGUUCAACAGCGGUCGGUGUUGGAGCGAGAGCGGUCGGCGGACUGCCCUUGGGAGUGACGACGAGAGCGCCUUCCGUCUCGCUGCCCGCAGGCGCAGCUGCUGCAGCCACGGCGACCGUUUCCGCGCGAGCCACGGCGGCGGCUGCGGCGCGGGUUACGGCGACGGCGGCCGCAGCGGCGCCGUUUGCGCGCUCGGCGGCGGGGCUGCUGCACGUGGCGCGCUCCGUGCUGUCGCUUAUGGGCGCGGGACUCACGGCGCUCGCCGCCACGCAGCUGCUCCCGGGCGCCACCGUGCACGCUAGCGAGCGCCCGUCGUACUCUCACGGCGUGCUGCACGUCCCUCCCGCGGCGGCCCACGCGGCAUCAGCGAGCGUCUCCGCCGCGCGCCUCGAGUCUACUAACCCCGCCACAGCUUCCCCCGCAGCUUCCUCCGCCGCCGCGACGCAGGGACGAGAGGAGCGUGGGCGGGAGAGCGAAUGGGUGGAAACGAGGGAUGUGGGCGAGCGACACGAUGGGUGGACGAUAGUGGGGGGGGUGGGCGGGAUGAGAGCGGAAUGGAGAGAUGGGGCGGAGGGGACGGAGAGAGAGGUGGGGGGAGUAGAGGGGAGGGGAGACGAGGCAGGAAGCGGGUGGGAGCUGGUAGCAGAGGUAGGGAGAGGGAAAGGGGUGGAGAGAGGGGUGGAAAGAAGGAUGGAGAGAGGGGAGGAAGGCGGGAUGGCAGAGCGGCGGGCAGGUGAGUCGGGAGCAGCAGUGUGCGCGCCAUGCUCUACCUCCUCGUCCCUCGCCUCCUCCUCCGCUGCUUCUGCCUCCCCCUGCUCCCCACUGCGCCCCAUGGCUCCUCCCCGUCGCUCCAAACGCGCCGAUGAGCGCGGUCAAUGCACCACACAGCACACGCGCUGCGCACACGCUGCAUACGAGACUGCACAGGAGAUGGCACAGGAAACCGCACUCACAGCGCACACCACGACAGGUGGUGGUGAACAACAGAAUGAGCUGCAGCAUACGCAGUCCCGAGAGAUCCUUCCCCGAGCCUCUCCCAGACAAGUUCCCCGUGUGACAAGUUCCCAGAGCCUCUCCCAGAGCCUCUCCCAGAGCUUCUCUGCACAUGCCACAGUCGCCGUCACCUCCUCCUCCUCUUCUGCAAGGCCUGUGGAAGGGGGCUCUGUGGUGAGUGCGCCGCUUGCUCCUGCUCCACCUGCAAGUCUCUCUCUUGAUUUCACGCAUGUACCUGCUUCAGGCGCUGCACAUGCGUCUGCAGCGCGUGUGGGGCCCUGGAACGAGCAGCAGCAGCAGCAGCAGCAGCAGCAGCAGCAGCAGCAGCAGCAGCAGCAGCAGCAACAGCAGCAGCAGCAGCAACAGCAUCUUGAACAGAACAAGCGGGUGGAGAAGCAUACACAUAGUCCCACCCAUGUACAUAGGCAUCAGUCACAAGAGAACCAGCAUGCUGCACAUGCUCGUGCACAUGGGCAUGGGCACGCAUAUGAGCUUCUGUCUUCACCCGCAGAAGCAGCAGCAGUGGCAGAGGCGCUGUGUCACUCGCAGUCGCGGGCGAGGGAGGCAGAGCAGGCAGCGGCAGAGGCGGAGAGCAGGCAGCAGUGGCUGGAGCGGCUGUUCUGGCACGAGUGCACGCGCUCACACUCCUUCCACCAGUGGGCGCACAUGCUGCAGCUGCAGGUGGAGCGGGACCAGCUGCUCAUGCUGCUAGGCGCUGAGGCUGCAGCAGCAGCAGCAGGUGGGCAGGGGAUCAGCGAUACGUGCCGCAGGGAGGUGUGGGGCUCGCAUUGUGCUGAUGAUUGUUGUGCAUCUGAGCCAUGCGCUGCUGGAGAAGCAGCUCCUGGUGACAGGAUGGCGGAGUUUCUUCUCUCUGGAAGAACCGUUAGCAGCACACAAGUGCAGCGCCAUCAGCAGCCGCUUCACUUUCACCAGCACGGUUAUGAGCAGGGUUUUGAGCAAUCAGAUCAGUACCCGUACCAGUACCACCACCAUCAGCAGCACCACCAGGACCAUCAGGAAGAGCAUCUGGAGCAAGCGAAAAGCAGUGCCAGCCAAAAUGAACCUCCACACCCACCCUCCCAGCCCUUCCUGCCCUUCUCGCUCUUCUCAUCGCUCUUGCCCUCCUCGCCCCUCUCCCGCUACCUGCUCCUGGGUGUUGCCUUCACUCUGGGGCUUGGUUUUGCUGGUGCUGCCUUUCUUCUGGGCUGGCGAUUGGGCGUGGUGGUGGUUGUGCAGAGGCGGAGUGGACAAGAGACGACGCCCGCAGGGACGGGGGCUGCCGGUGCAGCACCAACAGCGACAGCGCCGCAGAGCAAACUGCCUGCGUCGCCCGACAAAGCCUCUUCGUCUUCGCUGUCGCCGCCGCCGACGGCUUCUCCACUGCCGUCAUCCACGCUGGCAACGGGCAGCUGCGUGAAACAGGCGGCAGUGGCGGCGGCGAGGGAGGGCGCGGUGAUAUACAUCAAGGCGGGGCGGUACGAGGAGCAGGUGCGAGUCGGCGUGCGACGGCUCACGCUGCUAGGCGACGGGCCCAGUCGCACGAUUCUGUCGUUCAACCGCAGCCAGGCUGGGCACGGAGCGUCGCUCACUGAUUCGGCCGUGCUAGGAGUGCAGAUGUCGGGGUUUGUAGCGAUGGGGAUAGCAGUGGAGAACACGGCAGGGGUGGCUGGCAUGCAGGCAGUGGCGCUGCUCGUCAAUGCGGACCGCUCCGCAUUCUACCAGUGCAGAUUCUCGGGCUAUCAGGACACGGUGUUUGCAUGGGGCAAGCGGCAGUACUUCGUGAAUUGCACCAUAGAGGGCAGCGUGGACUUUAUAUUCGGCUAUGCCUCUGCCGUGUUUGACCGCUGCCGCCUGCGCGUGCGCAAGGGCCGCAACCAGAGCUACAUUGCAGCCUCGGGCCGAGCCUUGGCAAACGAUACGGGUGGCUUUGUGUUCAUCGAUUCAAGAGUGGAAACCGCUGGAGCGACCCGAAUAGCUCUCGCACGGCCGUGGGGGAUGUGCGCCCGCACGAUCUACAUCCGGACGUAUCUUGACUCGAGCAUCAUGAAUGAAGGGUGGGAGGCCUGGCACAACCGCAUCAACAGCCGCACUCCCUACUUUGCAGAGUUCCAUGGGCCUGGGUCGCGGCCAAAGAUGCGGCCUUCGUGGGUGCAGCCAGGGCAGAUCUCACCAGUAGUGGGCCUCCAGGUUUCUCCCUAA